GUAUACGUUAGUUUUUUUACAUGAAUGUGAAAACCAAAUUUAUAAAAACAUUUAUUUUUUGAUUAAUGAUAAAUAAUUUUUUUCACGUAUAACAAUAUCGAAUCAGAUUAGAUUGUCAAUAGAACUGAUUAGCUGGUAAAAAUAGAAAUAGACGUUGUACAUAUGUACUUUUAUUUCAGACAGUCGUGACAAUAAAAAUAACUUCCAGAAUGCUUUCAGGAAAUUUUCAAGAAAGGAGAACUCAUUAAUUAAAGUAAUUAAUUAUUCAAUGAAUAAAAUGAAUUUUUAUUUAUUUCAAUUUUUAAUUAUUUUAUCCUAGGUCUUUAAUCUGAGGAUGGAUCCAAAAAUUUAAUAUGAUAUAAAUGAUCUGAUAUAGAAAAAUAUUGCGACAAACUAAAAUACUGACAGUGGUAAUUUAUUUUUAUAUAUUUAUUACUUGUCUUGAGAUUCUUAUUUAAAAACGGUCGAUAUUCGAUUCCUUCUCGAUAUUCCUGAAUGGCUCACGUCCAGAAAUACUUCCUAAGUUCCCAGUCAAACAGUUGUUGGUCUGCAGAUCUCGACCUCGUUAAUUUUUUUCUGUGUUUUAAUUGUUACAACAAAAUUACAAGUAUGUACAUGUAAAAAACAACUUAAGCACAAUUUUUUAUUGCACACACAAGUAUACCUAAUUAUCAAUUGAAUUAAUUAUUUGUUUGUUUAUCAAACAUAUUUUCAACAUUCGUUGUUGCUGUUGUUGUUACCAGAUUUUAUCACUCUCGAAUUAAAACAGGAAACACCAUAAUAAAAAGAACCAAACAAUAAAAUAAUAAAAAUAACAUAACUGUUUGUACUAGGGCAAUAUUAAAUCAAACAUUUUACACACAGAUAAUAUUUUUCAUUAUAAUUAUAUACAUGUAUUUGCUACGAAUAAAUAAACCCCUAAUUUAAUAUUCCCAUCGAUUAAAUGUUAACUUUUGAUCCGUGACACGCGGCAGUCAGGCCCCCAUUUAAUAUGAUUAUGUUCAGGUUGUUGGCCGUGCUUUAUUUAAUCACCGCGACAUCAUGCAACCUAAUUGUGGAGAGGGAGGAGCACCUCUAUUUGUGGGGCUGUCUUAAGACUGUAAUCGAAAAUUAUUUAAUUGAGACCACUUAUUCCAAACCCCUUGAGGUGGUUUUGAACGACAACAGGAUUGUUGAGGACUAUUUGGUGCGCAAGUUGUUUGAGGAGGUGCGCUGGAGUUAUUUCGUUGGCAAAAUACGUCGUGACACUCCAGCCAGCUUCUCAGAUGCUAACUACGUUGUGGUGGUAAAGAAAGGUGGUGACUUGGAUGAGGUUCUGAGGUUGCUUAAGUUGAAGAACAUUUAUUGGAACAAUAGUGUUAAAAUGUUGAUCGUAGUUUUGGAACAACGCGUCGAAAACAUCAUCAAAAUGUUACAAAAUGAAGACAUAAACGGCUUCAUUGUCGCAGCAGUUGGAGAUAACAAUUACAAUUGUUAUGUGUCUAAAAACUUGCAGUGCAAUUUUAGGAGCUGCGUCUGGAAUGACAUCAUGAAAGACGUCAACUAUUGCCACAAUGGCAAGCUGGUGCACAAUAAUGGUACUAAAAUAUAUCACAAUAGACCCAAAAACGAAUACACGGUUCUUCUAGGUAACGAGUGGCCCUACAUAAUGAACACUUCAAACGGUACGACUUCCAGAAUCCAAUCAACGCCGCAAGGCAUCGAACAGAAACUAAUAAACCUAGUGGGUGAUCUCAUGAACGUCACCUUCCGGUAUUUCCAACACGACCCGUCGAUGAGCACCGGAGAGGUGUUGCCCAACGGUACCGCCACAGGUUUGUUGGGGUUGCUGCAGGAGAAGACGGCUGACGUCGCCAUCCACGGCUACUCUUUGACUUUCGAGAGGGCGACCACGUUCCACGCCACCCCAUCCUACACCUUCAACCAGUUCGGAUGGUUCGUACCGCACGAACCAACCAAGAAUUUUCACAUCGCCGUCGAUCCGUACGUGGUGCUUUCCAUUCUGGUGGUCUUCGUUACCAUCGUGGUGCUGUGUGCCAGUUUGGGUGCGAUGGGUUGGGGGGAUGCAUUCCUUAAUGGCUACGCGGCCGUGAUCGGUACCACCGUGGUGUUGCCCCGAGGUCACGAGUUGAGGGUGUUGUUUGGCUUGUUGUUGGUUCUCAAUCUGUUUUUGAACAUCAUAUUUUACACGUUUCUGAUCAGCGCCCUGGCCAACCAAACCAACGACGAGAGGUACGGUACUGAACAGAAGAUGAUCGACAGCAAUUUGCAGUUGAAAAUUUACGCGACCAAGACGAGAUAUUUAAAGGGUUACAGUUACUAUUCCCGUUUGGUUGGUUGUAGCGACAUUCCCGAAUGCUUUAAGUCGGUGGCGACGCUCAAGGAUUCGGCGUAUGCUACUUCGUACAUCGAGAAAAACUUAUUUCUGGACGAAUACAAGGUCAACAACAAGGCUGCCAUGUAUGCCUUACCCCCAAUUUUGAGCCACCCCAUAGUUUUUUAUAUGAGGCGGGGUUUCCCCUAUUACAAAAAGGUUCGGGAGAUUAUUUAUUGGAUUACCGAAAGCGGGACCAUGGAGAAGUUUAUCAAGGAUAUUACUCCUCCUGAUGUACCCCCAGGGGAGGGUAACAAAUUUUUAACAAUUGGCGAUUUUAAACCUAUUUUUGUGUUAUUUGUUAUCUUGUAA